AUGGCUUCGAACACCGCAGCGCCGGCUUCGAAUUCGACAGCCGUCACAAACGAAGGGCCGAAGCCCGACCAGUUCGCCCAGCCGCUUACAUGGACACCAGAGGAGUUGGCGUUGAUGCCUCACGACAAUGCGGCAACUCGUCUCAACGUUGUGAUCUGGUUGCUGAUCGGCCUCUCGGGCGCCUUUCUUGGGCUUCGUGUAUACUGCAAAUUCUCUCGGCGCAAAGGGCUAUGGUGGGACGAUAUCAUGUUGAUAGGAGCAUGGAUCUGCCUUACCGUCGAAUCCGGGUUGCUUACCGCGAUGACCCGCCUCGGCUACGGUCUCCAUUACUGGGACUUUGAUGUGAUCAACAACAUGGCUCCCUUAUUGCUGCUUGUCAACAUCGCCGGCACCUUCUCGGCCACGGCAGCCAUCUGGUCCAAGACAAGCUUCGCCAUCACGCUGCUCCGACUCACUCAUGGGUGGAUGAAAUGGUUCCUGUGGUUCAUCAUCAUCACUAUGAACAUUGCCAUGGGCCUGACGGCGCUGUUUCCCUGGGUCAGUUGCACACCCAUCCGCAAGUCAUGGGAAGUCUUCACCCCAGGAGAGUGCUGGAAUCCUACCGUGACGGUUCAAUACAACAUUUUCUCGGCGUCCUACUCGGCAUUGAUGGACAUUACGCUGGCCCUGCUUCCGUGGUCGGUGGUGUGGAAGCUCCAGAUGAAGAAGAAGGAGAAAUUCGGGUGUGCCUUUGCGAUGAGCAUGGGUGUCUUCGCGGGUAUUACUGGCAUCAUCAAAACAACCAAGCUUCCGAGCAUGUUGUCCUCCGACUUUGCCGAUGGUGUCGACCUCUUCAUCUGGGGUAAUGCCGAGAGUGCCAUUACCAUUAUGGCUGCCAGUAUCCCCAUUCUCCGCGUGCUGGUUCGGGAUGCCGCCAUUUCGCGUCGCUACUACAAGUCUGAGGACAGCAAGGCCAUCGAGCCCAAGAUGUCGUCGUCUGGUGAAGGCAAACACUCAAGGUCCAAGACAGACUCCGAGAACAACUUGGUCGUGACGGUCGUGUCUGCCGGCCCCAACAAGGUUAUGUCAGACGGGCGCGGGCCGGUGAUGGGUGAGAAGGACGACUGGAGAGCGCCGCGGACGACUGGCCAGAAUCAGAUUGUGCGUACCGAGGACUUUUCGCUCGAGUAUCACAAUCGCAAGAGCCUGGCGAACGAUUCGAUCUAG